AAAAGGUUCUCUUGGCGCGAGAAGUGAAGAAAAAGAAAAAAUGGAGGAUGAAGAGUGAAGUUACAGAGUUCUCAUGAUCAGAACAGUGUAUGAUACAAAGCUAUUGAGGCUUGUAGCGCUACAUGGCAAGGCCAAAAGUAUCACCCACUGCUUCUAUUCCACUCAUUUCCAUCACCAAGAUGCGUUCGAUUCCUAUUCCUACGCCACCAUGCUCCAACAAGCUAUCCAAAAUCGCAACCCCAACUCAGGGAAGAGCUUCCACUGCCACAUUCUCAAGCGAGGCGCCCCUUUGGACCUUUUCGCCCAAAACGUUCUUCUCAAUACUUACGUCCACUUCCACUCCUUCGAUGACGCCACCAAACUGUUCGAUGAAAUGCCUCUCAUUAACACUGCCUCUUUCGUCACCUUGGCUAAUGGCUUCUCCAGUUCAGGCCAAUUUCAUCACGCCCUUCACUUGCUUCUCAGGUUGUUCAGAGAAGGAUACGAGGUGAACCAGUUUGUUUUCACGACACUUCUCAAGUUGCUGGUGAGAAUGGAGCUGGCUGAUACAUCUUGGAGUGUGCAUGCAUAUGUUUAUAAGCUUGGUCAUCACUCUGAUGCGUAUGUUGGGACUGCACUACUUAGUGCCUAUGCUGUCUGUGGAAAUGUUGGUGCUGCACGUGCAGUUUUUGAUGGCAUUUGUUGUAAGGACAUGGUGUCUUGGACUGGAAUGGUAGCUUGCUAUGCUGAGAAUUAUUUCCAUGAGGAUGCAUUUCUACUUUUCUGCAAGAUGAGGACUAUGGGGUACGCACCAAAUAAUUUUACGAUUUCUGCUGCGCUGAAGUCCUGUCUUGGUCUAGAAGCAUUUAAGGUUGGGAAAAGUGUUCAUGGAUGUGCUUUGAAAGCGUGUUAUGAUAGGGAUCUUUAUGUUGGUACUGCGUUGCUAGAGCUGUAUGCCAAGUCUGGAGAGAUUGCUGAGGCACAGCGGCUUUUCGAGGAAAUGCCCAAAGAUGAUCUUAUUCCAUGGAGUCUCAUGAUAGCGCGAUAUGCUCAAAGUGAAAAUAGUAGGGAGGCUUUGGAGUUGUUUUGUCGAAUGAGGCAAUCAUCUGUUGUCCCUAAUAAUUUUACUUUUGCUAGUGUGCUGCNUUAUAAAUAUAGAGGAUGGCUACAGGGAGAGAGGGGACAGUUUUUUGAGAAUAUUAAAUUCUCAUUAACUUGGAAAUUGAUAGUUUACCUAAAUUCUAUUUUAUUUCUUGACUAG